GAAAGCCUCUGCAGCAGCACAUUGCAUUGUUUCGAGACAAACAGACACAUGGAAGACUUUGGCAUUCAGCAUGUCAACCUGGAACUGUCUGAAAACCUGGAGCGACACAGGACGGAUGGCUUCAGAAACUCUAAAGGACUGGUGGUGCGAAGAGGGACCCCAUUUAAUAUCAGCGUCAAGCUAAAGGGUCGACUCUUCAACCCCCAGACGGAUUCUCUGAGGAUUAAAGUUACACUAGGUCGUCUUUACGCAGUGAUGCCAGUCACUUUCUCCGAAAAGCACCCAUCCACCCGCUGGAACGCCUACAUCGACCCAAGCAACCUGAACCACCAGGAACUCUCCAUCACCGUCUCCUCUCCUGCUUCUGCCCCAGUGGGAUGCUACAAAUUUCAGCUGUAUGUGUUCACUCAAGAUGUCCGGAAGAGUUUUGUGGUGGGAGAUUUCAUCCUACUCUGCAACCCUUGGUGCUCUGAGGAUGCAGCUUAUAUUCCAUUUGAGGACCAGAGGGAGGAAUAUGUCCUGAGUGACUCUGGAUUGCUCUUUAUGGGGACCCCAAACAACAUUGUCUCAAGACCCUGGUCCUUUGAUCUGUAUGAGCCUGGGGUUUUGGAAGCUUGCCUGGAUCUGCUCAAAGUCAGCCCCCAGCAUCAAACAAACAGAAAGAAGGACUACAUGAACAGAUCCAACCCUGUCUACAUCAGCCGCGUUGUUUCUGCCAUGAUUAACUCUGAGGAUGAUCGUGGUGUGCUGAAAGGGAAAUGGACUGGCGACUUCAAACAGGGUGUCAGUCCCUCAAAGUGGACAGGAAGUGGGGACAUCUUGAGACUGUGGGUUAAGUCUGGUUACAGUCCAGUCAAGUACGGACAGUGCUGGGUGUUUGCAGCAGUCAUGUGCACAGUCAUGAGAGUUCUCGGCAUUCCUUGCCGUGUCGUCACAAACUACAACUCCGCUCACGACACCAAUGCCAACCUGGUGAUUGAAGAGUACUACAGCGAAACAGGACAGAAGCUGAACCGCAGCAAUGACAGCAUAUGGAACUUUCACGUGUGGGUGGAGUGCUGGAUGAGUCGCAGUGAUCUUGGGCCAGAGAUGGAUGGCUGGCAAGUUCUUGACCCAACCCCACAGGAAAGGAGUGGAGGAGUGUUUUGCUGCGGACCAGCUCCAGUCAAAGGAAUCAAGAAUCAGCGUACAGACCUGAUUUAUGACAUCCCAUUUGUCUAUGCUGAAGUGAACGCUGAUGUGCACACGAUCAUCUUGUCCAGUCAUGACCAGGUGGUCGGCUUCAGCAAAGACACAGAGAAAAUUGGAUCCCUAAUCUGCACAAAAGCCAUCGGCUAUCCUAGAGUGCAGAACAUCACAGGAGACUACAAAUGGAUAAAAAGUCCUACAUCAACACUUUCAUCAAAAAGCUCCACAAUUUCAAAUGACUCAACCCUACGCAGAGCUACUGCAUCCAAGGGAGUGAUGGUCUUCUUGACACUGGCUAAACAUCCUGUUGCGGGGGAACCUGUCGUCUGCCUGGUGAAAAUUAUGAACAAGCAGAAAAUACCCAAGAUGAUGAAAGUACAUUUGAAUGCUCAGGCAAAAGAGUACAACCACAGCCCCUCCGAAACCUUCUGGGACAAACACGGUGUCAUCCAGCUGGCACCAAUGGAAGUUAAAGUCAUCCAGGAGCAUAUCCUUCCAGCGCAGUAUGAACACGUUGAGGGAGACAACCUCAUCAACCUGGCAGUUGUCCUGGAGGACAUGUCCACCAGUGAACGGGUGCUUGCCUCUGAGGAGUUCAACAUUGCCAGCUCAGGCCUCACUAUCCAGGUUGCAGAGGAAAACGCCAUUGUGCCAAACAAAGAGCUCACUGCCUUCGUGACUUUCACCAACCCGUUUUCUCACCCAGUCAGUGGAUUAUUGACUGUAGCUGGGGCCGGGCUAAUUGCUGGCAAAGAGCAGUUCAGGAUGCCCUCACUUCGUCCAGGAGGAAAAGCAACCCAGUCCAUAACCUUAAACCCAAGCAUGGCAGGUGAAAAGAUGCUGCAAGCCAGUUUGUCGCUUUCAGACACUAGCAUCACAAUCAGAAGCUUCAAGAUGGUCUCUGUAAACAGUAAUUAGCUUGUGCAAAGCUUCCCACUUGUUUGUGUAUUAUAGUGAGUGAAAAAGAUGUAAAUAUUAUUUAUUUUACUAUUUAUUUUUUGCUAUUUAUGUAUUUGUGGAAUGCUAAUAAUGGUGUGUGAAAAAAUCUUUUACACGUAGAACUUUGAAGUGAGAUUUUUGUGACAUUUGAUUUAUUUGAAUAAAUAAAUUCUAUGAAAUAUA